GACGCAAGCCAGUUGCCCUGAAUUUAUAACCGGAAGUGUAAUGGCGUUUGGGUGAAAUGAAAAUAACUUAGGUUGUAUUAAAUCCUUUGCCAUCAACGUUUGGUUAGUAUUGUAUUUGUCUAAAAUUUAACAUUUCUGAUGCAUUAUAUCCAAGGAAUUAUAAUAAAUUGAUAACGUACAGCGGUGUUAUCCCCAUAACAUAUGCUUUCCCCCGUAAUAGCACAGCAUCAUAGAAGUUAUUGUAAAAAGUAAUAACGGUUUAGUUUGAUUAUGAAAUUGUUAACACACCUUACAUUUAUGCAGAUUGGUAACAAGAGUAAGAUAUUAUAAACUUAUACUGAAGAAGUCUAUAAAAUAUAAGAUGGUCAUAACUUAAGAACUUAAUAGCAUUGAAAGAUACAAGUGAGUGUUGAUUUUUGGUGUUCUUGGGAUAUGCAAACAUUACAAACAAACACACGGCGUCAUCGGAACGCAAGCCGACCGGAAAGCCAUGCAAGCAACUAAGCAAGUCAAUUAUUAUUGCCAAAGAUUUAUUCUUGAUAUAGGUGUUUAAAAACCAUUAUAGUUAAAAUAUCGGUAAAAGUGCAGUUCAGGUGCGUAUAUUUCUCAUUUCUGGUUGAAAUUCGUAUUUUCGCGUGUAAAAUUAUGUGCAUUUUUAUAAAAGUAUUUUUAAAAGUAAAAUGCCAUCUUUUUGUUGGAAUACAUUUUAACUGAUUUUACGAGAUUAAAAAAAGUACACUGAAAAUUUUUAGGUAAUCUACCACUUGAGCGUCGGCCAAGAAAAAAUCCUGCCGUUGGAAGGGCUAUUUAAACAACUAUUCCUAUAUUAUUUUUAAUGACAUUGGUUGUACGUAUUCAUUCCCAUAAUAAUUGACAAUAUUUAAAAAAAAUAAAAACUAUAACAAUUUUUUUGAAAUAGAAGAUGUGUGAAAAUGGAAUUAUGCAUAGUUUUCUCCCCCAAGUUGACAAUAAAGUUUAAAAAAAUAUAAUUUCCACGAAAACGGUUGUGGUACAUGAAUCCACGUAAAUAUGAAGGGGAAAGAUCACCUGCGCUUCUUGUGCCAAACUGUCUUUUCAGUUUACGCUUUCUGAGCAUUCACGUUUUCCACAGUCUGUCACAGUGUGUGUGGACAUCCGCAUUAUCUGGAUCAAAAAAAAUAAUUGUUGUCUCUUUUUCUUCCUGGCAUAUCGGUAGCUUGGCAGUAAUAAUUAUUUAAAUGUAUUAGUAGCAUUGUGCUAUAUAACUUUAUAGCCUCUAUACAGAAGCAAAAAUAUUAACAGACUCCAAUGUAAGUAUAGUUGUUUAAAUAGCCCUUCCAACCAGAACAACUGGAUUUUUUUCUUGGCCGAUGCUCAAGAGGUAGAUUACCAUUUUUAGAAAAAGUCCUGCGAUGGCCGCCAUCUUGUUUGACACAACCAGUUAAUUUUGUCACUAAUGAAAUGUAUCCCUAAAUCGAUCCCCAUGCCUAACCUGAACCCCAAAUUGAUCCCUAUGCCUAACAUGAAUCCUAAUUCACUGCAACUAUAAAAAACAUGCAAAUGAUGUCAAGGGGUAAAAACUAAGAAUCAGCCAAAGGCCAAGUACACUUUUAUGGAUCUUUUGUCUUUUACGGAGACAUUGUCAUUGUGGUAAAUCAAAUAUAACUAUUGAAUAUUCUGUCUUUAAAUUUAAAGAUACAAGUUAUAAAAGUUGCCCAGUUGGAAGUAUCUUGUUAUAUUUAUUUUAUAUUAUAACUUUACUUAAAGACUUUACUAUCAAAUUAUAUAUAACCAGAGUUAUGGGGAACUCUCAUACUUGACAUACGUAGCCAGUUUACAAGCCAUAUUGCAAUUGUUACAUUCCAUUUUGUUCUUCAAAGGGGAGCACCUUGCUGCGAGAAAUUCCAUAGUUGUAUUAACGUUUCUUGUUGCCUCACAAAGUGCACAUAUAAACCAAAUGUAACAUUAAAAAUUUCGGUAAAUGGUCAAUGAAAAUGCCACUAUUUUAUCAGUGGCCGCCAUCUUGGUUGACACGUCACGUGAAGUCAUCUAUCCCCAUGCCUAACCUGAAACCCUAAAUCAAUCCCUAUGCCUAACCUGAACCCUAAAUCGAUCCCUAAAAUAAUUUUGUAAAAAUAAACAAAGGGAAGUCACUCCCUGGAAAAUAAGUUGUGGCAUCUCGAAUGAUCAUUAGCCAAAAUAUCCGUUGGAUCAAGUAUUUGAAUUUAUUCUUUCUUGGUCAUCCUGCAAUUUUGAACAAAGUGAUCCCACUACCAGUAAUACCGCAAAACGCGUCCAUCUUAUUAUAUAUAAUCAUUAACCCUCACCCUCAUUUUUACUCAGCCAAAUCAGUCAACAUAAGCGCAUUUGCAUACGAAAAAAGGUGAGGGGUGCUCAAAUUAGAGCUGACCAAUAAUGGAUAAUGUAUUUGCAAACACCAGUAUGAAAUGACCCCACGCUAUCAUUCCGAUUUACUCCAUUUUCUGCAACGUCACAAUUAUUUUUUUUUUUAAAGUGGACACGUGAUCACACAUUGGCACAAAUUUGUGGACCCCUCCCCCCUUCAGCUUCAUUCUAGGAUAAUGACGACGUGUGUGUCCACUGCCUUGUCGGUAAUCCACUUCUAAUCCUCCCCUCAAGACUUCAAGGGACAACGCAUAUAUUCCGAGCGCUCUGAGAAAAAAAGAAGGGGGUGGGGGCACUCAUUUGUAAUGAAAUUUCCAGCAUAUUAUUUUUUGUGAACAUGCCUACAGUUUGAAAAUUCGUUUAGCAUACUAACUUAUAGGCUAUUAAAAAUCUGGCCAGAGGGUGAAAAAGCAAAAAAAACAAAUGGGGGCGAUGGAACUUUGGUUGGGAUGUUUAAAGGCGCUUUAGAAAUCAAAUAAUAAGAAGAAAAAGCGCUGUAUAGUUCAGUAUUAGUUAACCAUAACUGCCUGUAUUCAAUUAAUAAAGAAUACACAUAAGUUUACAUGAGAAAAUAUGAAAUGCGUUAAGAAAUAAUAUAUGCACCUGAACUGCACUUUUACCAAAAUAUCAAUAAAAAGGGAGACAAGAGUUUGAAUACCACCAUUCAUUCAGUUUAGUACACUUUUUAUGUGAGGCCCUAAGCUAGUGCUGUAUACUGAGAUUAUUAGAUUACUAUUUUCAUAAUUAAUUUCAAAUGCAGUAUAGGGCCCAACUAGUAUGCUAAAAAUUGGCCUAUGCUUAUACUUUUUACGUAACAGUAGUCUUGGGUAAAUGCAAAGAGAUGACACCGUGAAAACAUAUAGUAACGAAGGUAUGUUAAAUUUAGGAAUAAAACGUUAAAAAUUAAAUGAAAAAAUGUUCAUGUAUCCCUAAACCUAACCUAAACCCUAAAUCUAACCUGGGUAUUGACCCUAACCUGACACUCCCUAAAUCUAUCCCUAAACCUAACCUGAACCCUAAAACUAGCCCUAAAGGAGCAAGUAAAAACAAAAUGUGUCAUUUACACACUGACCAUGGCAAGAAAACUAUGAAAAUGAACAAAAACAAUAAGAAGUGGCCAAAAAUAAUUAUAAAAUAAAUAAUGUAAAUGAUGUCACAGUGCCAUCUCUUUGCAUUGUCCGUGAUGAGUAUUUUUUUCCCCAUAUGCAGACUAACCCUAGCUGGUAAGAAUUACUCAUCAAAUAAAUGUUUUAAGUAAGAAACAUUAGUCUAAGUAGUUGAACAUAGGCCUAUAUUUAGGUUGUAUAUUUUUUUAAAAUACUCAGACUUAAUUUUUGUUUUUAUUUAAUAUUAGGUGAUACAAAUUAGUUGCCGCCAUGUACCUGUAUAAUCUGACACUUCAGAGAUCACAGGGAAUAGUAACUGCUAUUCAUGGCAACUUCUCUGGAUCAAAACUUCAAGAGAUAGUGGUUUCACGUGGGAAAGUACUUGAGUUAUUUCGCCAUGACCCAAACACUGGGAAAAUUUUUCCAGUUCUCUCAACUGAAGUUUUUGGCAUCGUGCGCUCUCUUAUGCCAUUUAGACUAACUGGAGGAACAAAAGGUGGGAUACUCUUUUUACAUGUCAUUUAUUACUACUUAUGAUGCACAUGGUAAGUAAAUAAAUUAUGCACAGAACAACACAAAACUAUUGUGAUAUAGCUGUGAUUUUGUAUUAUAAAGAAAAUAUCUGUGACCAGCUUAACCCAUUCGAUAUGUAUUGCCGCAGUGUGCAUUACCCUGAUUUUGGCUGAAUACGUUUCACAGCAGAGUGCGUCAUCACUUGUUUGUUUCAUUCCUUUAGUGUUUUAACUUUUACAGUCAAAUAUUUUAUUUAUAGCGUUCUAAACUUUUAUUCAGAAGAGUUUCAACUUCCUCUCUGUGAAUUUUCUAUAGGAUGUACCACGUUUUGUGUAUUAUUUGUUAGAUUUUUCAGGUUCUAAAAAUAGUAAACAUACAUCUGCUGAUUGAAAUAUCGUGGUACUAAUAUUAAAAUUAGGUCUGCUCGCUCAAGAUUUAGAAGUAUGACUGCCGAAGAAGCAAGCCAAUUAAUUAGCUUGGAUUAUUCAUUGGACCGGAAUGAAAACAGUGAUGAGGAUUGGGAUAAUAGAUUGCUAUUUGAUAGGGAUGAGGAAUAUAUUCCUCCAGCCACAAAGAGACCAAAAUUAGGCAAGGGGAAAGGAAAAUUGAAAGGAAAAUAUGGCAUCACAUCUAUUUCACCAUCUGGACCUAGUUCUACAGUUACAGUAGGCUUAGGCUUAGCCCAUAAUGCAAGGCAUAGGUCUAACUCUAAUCUGACUACAGAGUCUGAGUGGUCACAAACUGAAAACAAUUUUCGAUUUCACCUGGAGUUGUUCCAAUGAAAACCCUACUCCUAUUAAAUUCUUCAAUGCAUUAUUUGAUAACGUAAAAGAUUACAUUGUUAGAUUAGUAAAUGCUAUUCCAAAAGAAAAGUACAAGUUUACAGACCUACACUUAAUCACUCUGUAUUUAGCAGCUGGAAGGAUAUUUCUAGACAUGAACUAGAUAAGUUCAUAGCUGUUUUGAUUUAUAUGGGCAUGCAUAAAAUGCCGGCUCUUGUGGAUUAUUGGUAUAUGUCGGCUGAAUCCUAAAUCCCUUGGAUACACUACGUUUUUAAAAGACAGAGGUUUCAGGACAAUUAUCACUCCUUGCUAUACUGUGGCGAUGAAACAUCCAAAAGCAAAGUAAAAUUGAACAUUUUAUGAACUCUGUAGAUGAAAUGGUAAUAUGCUUAAAUGGCUGAUGGCAGUUUAAACAAUACAAUGCUAGUAAGCCUAGCAAGUAACACAUAUAAACAUUUAGUUAUGUUAUGUUGUACACAUUUUGACAUAUUUUGGUGCGAAUACUUCAUUUAACCCAGAAGUGGAUAAGGGUGGAGGACAAGCUGUCUAAGUUUUUCAUACUUUGCUUCAACAUGUGGGAACUUGUCACAAAGUUUUUGUACUACACCUCCAGAAAACUCUUUGACUAUCUCCUUGCUAAAAAUAAAUAUUAUACAGGAACUCUUAACAUUAACCAUGUUGGCUUUCUACUGGAGGUAAAGUCUUUGUCUUUACAACACAAAGAAAUGAAAUUGUACCUAAACAACACGAAAAGCAUGCCUUUUGUUGUAUUCAAAGAUAAAAAACCCAAAAAGAAUGUAAUAAUAGUGUCAACAGAUGCAAGGGUACAAACUACCGAAACCAAGAGAAUGGACAAACCUGAAAUAAUUCACAUUUACAAUAAAAAAAUGAAUGGCUUUAAUAAGUUCGAUAAAAAAAGUAACAUACUACUCUAUUUAUGAUCGAAAUACCAUAAAUUGUUGGAAGAAAAUUUAUUGGAAGUCGCCCAGCUGAAUUCCUACAUUUUUUUCAUUAUGCAAAGCAGCAGAUCAAAACCGAAUGAGUCUGAAGGACUAUAAACUUACAUUGAUACUUCAGCUAACUGGGGAUGUAGCAUUUGAUCCACCAGGAAAGGGCCCAGAUAUAGGAUGCCUUGAAAGGACAAAUGAAUCGCAAUUCAUCAUUGAUUAUGAAGAGCAUGACCGAUCUUGUGCCUAUUGCUCUACUGCUACUUAACUAAUACGCAGACACUUUUAUUGCACUGAUUGUGAGGCCAAAGCUCACCUUCAUCCUAAAGGAUGCUUCAGGGCUUUUUGGUCAAAAUGAUGGGCUGAUUUGUUUAUAUAGUUUGUAAAUAUGUGUAAAUUUUUGGUUACCAGACCAGAAUAAUUAUUUUUAUUAUUAACUUUUGGAACAUUUAUUCAAGACUAUUGUGUUGAGAAAAAAUUCACAACCUAGCAAUUUCUUGAGCUAUUGCAACAAAACUUUCCUCAUACUUUGGAUAUAUAAUAAGGUUCAUUUGCUGAAAAAAUUGUCUUGAUUAGAUUAUUCUUACCUGAUUUAUGGGUUGGUGAGUAGAACUGUUAAUAUUUUUUUUGUUAGUAACGUUACUUUUAAAUAACACUGUCAUAUUACCCCUAAAGUUUUUCUCUGUAUAAUUUUUUUUUAUCGCUCUUUUAUAAUAAAAGGUAUGAUAAACUGUAAGCGGGGAUUUUAAGUUAAAAAUCAUCAGGUCGAAUGGAAUUUUAGUCCCUUAAUUUUACUACGUUCCACUGAAUAAUUGUAACGUAUUGAAUGGGUUAAAAGUAUUUAACUUCUGUUCGUUAAAGAAUACACUUUCUCUUAACAAUAAGAUAAAUUUAACAAAUUUGAAUGGGAUAGUUGCCUAGUUAAGUACAUGUAGACAUGUAGUACAUGUUUAAUAAUAAUAAAGAUUAUGCACUUUUAAUCAAAAUGGAUUGAUAUCAGCCUUUUUUGAUGUAGGGCAAAUUGAUUAGGCCCCGAUUCAUAAUUAAGAAAAAACAUAGCUUGAAACUAAAACAGAUUUGUAAAUUGUUUUGUACCUGUCAUGUAAUUAUUGAAUUUGUUUUUACCCAAUUAAAUAUAAAUUUACUAACUUACUUAAAAUAUAAAAUAAUUUUUCAUUCUCAGAUUAUGUUGUAGCAGGAUCUGAUUCUGGCAGAAUUGUCAUUCUUGAGUACAUUCCAUCCAAAAAUAUGUUUGAACGGGUAGGUAAUUCAAUAAUUUUGUUACAAUGCAGUAGAAUACAAGGUUUUCAUAUAUUUAAAAAAAAACCUGUUCUUAAAGUACAGCUUAUAAAAUUAAUAUGCGUUGUUUAUUUAAACUGUACUUAAAUAUUUAAUUUUGUGAAAUGUGUAUCCACUAGAGAAGCAUUAAAAAUAUUUUGAAUAACUUAUAAGCAGAUAUUAUUUUGCAUUGUACAGGUCCAUCAAGAGACUUUUGGUAAAAGUGGAUGCAGAAGAAUUGUACCAGGACAGUAUUUAGCUGUUGAUCCUAAAGGAAGAGCUGUUAUGAUUGGUAAGAAUAUUUUUAAGAGCAAGAAAUAUCUCUGAAGUGGGGCAAGUGGGAAUAGAUUAAAUUUUAUUUGUAUUUUAAAAUCUGAAUAUCAAUCAUAUUUGAUAAUUAGUUAUGGUCCAUCUACUACAGUUACUUGAAAAAAAAUAUUCAUUUAAGUGGCACACUUUAUAAGAAUUCCAGUUAGUGCUUAACACACAUACACACAAUGUAUUCAGGUCAUCCUACACUUUUUUUCUCCUUUUACACAUGUUUGUUACAUCUUUAAAUUAAGCAGUUAUCAGGAAUUUUAUUUUUCGCGCCCUUGAACUCACCAUUACACCAUUCUUUUUUGUCUUAUUAAAAGUAUUAUAUUGAUUGAUUAUCCACAUAAAUUGUUUUUAAAAAAUUUGUUUCUUCUUUCUCAAGGUGCUGUGGAAAAACAAAAAUUGGUAUACAUUCUAAAUCGAGAUGCCCAGGCUCGCCUGACCAUUUCUUCCCCGCUUGAAGCCCACAAAUCAAACACACUUGUUUAUCACAUGGUUGGUGUUGAUGUGGGUUUUGAAAAUCCAACAUUUGCAUGCCUGGAAAUCGAUUAUGAGGUAUCAGUAUUAUAGAUUUAUCAUUUUAUAUAUAUUAUGAGACCAUGUUUAUUUUUGCACAAGAAUAAAAGGAGGACUUAUUGAGAUUGAAACUUGAUUGCAAUGUUUAAAAUUUUGAUCUAUUUAUGAGCGCCAAGUGGGGAAUGGGGGUUAGUCUUUAGCAGAAACUCAGGAGAAAAAUUAAUAGAUUUUAAUUAAAAUGAAUUACUAAAAGUGUUUUUUAAUAUCUAAUUUAGGAAGCCGAUACAGACCCCACUGGUGAAGCAGCUCUUAAAACUCAGCAGUUAUUGACGUACUAUGAAUUGGAUUUAGGCCUCAAUCAUGUUGUUCGGAAAUACUCUGAACAGUUGGAAGAGCAUGCUAAUUUUCUAAUAUCAGGUAAUGUUAAUUCUAGUUGCAAUUUUUGUGAAAUGUUUAAUUAAAUAGAAAGAAGAUCAAAUUAGCCUCCAUGGAACUAAAUUUGAUAAUUUUUUAUAUCAUGUUCAUAUUAACAUUUACAGUUCCUGGUGGCCAUGAUGGACCAAGUGGAGUGCUUAUUUGCUCAGAAAACUAUAUUACAUAUAAAAAUUUGGGUGAUCAGCCAGACAUUCGAUGUCCGAUUCCCAGGAGGAGGGUAAAACAUUAGUAAACAUCUUAGAAUAAUUAUGUUUAUUUCAUCUUUGGCUUGAAUAAUUUUUUUAUAUUUUACCUUUGCCACAACGAUUGGAUGGAUCACAUGCAGGUUGUAUAGGCUUGCAGUUAACUUUUACUCUUCUUAGAUUUUAACACUUCCACUGAGCUGUACAAUUUUUUAGGUCUGGGAAAUAUUUUGUCAAAUGAUUGGAAAUUUUUUAAUGUAAUAGUAUAGUUAUUUUUUUUAAUAGUUAAAAGUACUAUAAACAGUCCUUUCUGUUGAUAUAUAUAUUGCUUGUAUUUAUCUUUCUUGAUUUGAGUCUUGUCUUUUGUCUUUUUUUAGUGUGAUUUGGAUGAUCCUGAGCGGGGCAUGAUUUUUGUGUGUAGUGCUACACACAAAACAAAGGUGAGGAGAAAAUUCCUAUAUUUUUUUUUAGCACAUGAUAAAUCAGUUAACCAAGUAUGUAGCAUAAUGUUAUAAGAUUCUGAGAUGUACUUUAUUGUGUAUUUAUAAAUUAAUUUAUGCAUACAUUUGGAAGGUUAAGGUUUAAAUCAAACAAAUUUAAAGAAAAAUUUUCCAGGAAAAUCUUGAUAAGUUGUACUUUAUGUCAGUUAGCACAUUGUACUGAUAAUUCUGUAUGUGGUAUUCACAUUUGCUUUCUUUUUCAGUCGAUGUUCUUCUUUUUAGCUCAAACAGAACAAGGCGAUAUUUUUAAAAUCACACUUGAAACAGAUGAAGACAUGGUGAGAAUAAAUUUUAUUGUAGUAGAUAUAAGUUAAAAUACAAAGUUACCAUUUGAAAUAGAUACUUAUAAAAUAUUGCUAAUAUUUUUUGUUUGUUUCAGGUAACCGAAAUUCGUCUCAAGUACUUUGAUACUGUUCCCAUAGCAACAAGUAUGUGUGUGCUCAAAUCUGGCUUUCUUUUUGUUGCUGCAGAAUUCGGAAAUCAGUAAGGUCUUCUUAAAUAAUUAUAACUUGCAUGGCUUGUAUUUUAAUGUCAUAAAAAUUUAUUUAAGAUAAUUUAACUUGUUAAAUAAUAGAUGAGUUCUUUAAGUUAUUUCCACAGCAAGCAGGUGCUGUGGGUUUUUUUAAUGUAAUAUAUUUGUUUUUAAUUACAGCCAUUUGUAUCAGAUUGCGCAUUUGGGAGAUGAUGAUGGGGAAAGGAUGUUCAGUAGUGCUAAUCCACUUGAGGAAGGUGACACAUUUCAUUUCUCACCAAGAGAAUUGAAAAAUUUAGUCAUGGUUGAUGAAAUGGAUAGUUUGUCUCCUAUUAUAACUACACAGGUGUGUUUAAUUUUAUAUGAAUUUGAAAAGAAAGCACAUAUUCAGCCACUACUAUUUUUUCUUAUUUAUUUACUGGGUAAAAUAAAGCAACUUGUUGCUGCAAGUUGCUGUAUUCAAUCUCUACUUUCAGCUCUUCCUUCUCUUACUCGCCAACCUUAGUGCAUAUUCUGUUGUGUUCAUUAGUAUUUCUUAGAUUUUUUGGGGUAGUUUUUUACCUUUAGCGUUUUUUUAAACGCUGCUUGCAUCUUUUAAUCAAGUUUUGUUUCGGUUUGCUUAACCAGAUAGCUGAUUUAGCAAAUGAAGAUACCCCUCAGCUUUACACAUUAUGUGGAAGGGGGCCCAGAUCUACCCUUCGUGUUCUUAGACAUGGUUUGGAGGUAUAUAUUGUUCAUAUUUUGUUAUUAUGACUGAUGAUUACAGUUUUGAUACUUUUCACAAAAAUAGUAACAUUCAUUUAGACACCUCAGGAUUCCCAUCAUCACCAACGUAAAUGUCUUUGAAUAAAUAUAUUACAUUUUUUAAAUACUUAAGUAAUUACAGGCUAUUAAAAUUUAGAAAAGCAUUAUUUUAUCAAUAAAUUAAAAUUUGUCACUGAUAGCCCAUAAUUAUUUUUACUUUAGAAUGUUUGUAUUUGAUAGAAAAUUUAUAUUGCAGGUAUCUGAAAUGGCUGUUUCAGAACUUCCAGGUAAUCCAAAUGCUGUUUGGACUGUGAAAAGACACACCGAUGGUGAGCUCUUAAUAAAAUUAGACCUAUGUGUACCAUGUAAUGUAUUAAUGUAUUUAUGCUGUGGAAGUUCUUUGAAUGCAAGUAGCCCCCAAUUUAUGUUUUAAUUAGCACCAAAUUCUGAAUAGUAUUUUUUUCUUAAAAUACCCUUUAACAAAUAGCUAUUAUUAAAGAAUAUAUAAUUUCUAUAUUUAUAUUAUAAAAUUAAAUUAAUUUUCAUAUCUGGAUAACAUCAAAGCACAUAGAAAUUUUUAUAUACCAGUACUUUAAAAUUAUUAACCUUGUUCCCUGUAACUGAAUAAAGAAUAAAUCCUAAUUUUUAAGUACCUUGAUUUAAAAAUACAUUUUAAGUUGCUCUAAGAUUUGAUAUUGACUUUCAGCUAACAUAAAACAACAAAAAUCCACCUUAGUUUAAAAUAUGCACCUCUUUAAUUGAGGGCUACUUCCAUAUGUCACCACUGGUAAAAGGACACACAGCUGUAUUUCAAAGAGAAUUUAUAAUUUCAUUUUGUAGGGAAGAGAUGAGUGGUCAUAAAUUUCAACUUGUGCCUUUUUUUAGUUUGGAAAAUUUUUCUUCCAGCUUUUCACUUAAAAGCAGUCUGGAUAUUCAACAUUUGCCCAGGGAUCAAGUAUUUUCUUCUGAUUUAAUUACUUGGUUUUAUGUAAACUUAUUACAAGUUCCAUUGUUUUGUUUAGGAUGAUCCUUCCUGUUUCUCAUGCCCCAUCUGAUUAACUUGGACAACUUUACUAUUUGAUGGCUGCAUCCAAUGAGCAUUAUUUCAUACUUUUUUUUGCGUCUGGUAUUGUUUUACAGCUUUCACUGGAGACGAUUGUGGAAAGAAAUUAUUUUAAAUAAAAUUUAAUUUUAAAAAGUUGAUCAAAAGUUCAAAAGUCCGGUUUAAUAAGUGGCUGGCAGGAUUGAACACAAUCCAACGCCAAGCCUACUUUCUUUUUUCAGGUGAAGUUCCUCUUUGUCAUAGUCUCAAGGUAAGUUGAUCAUCCCAUUCAAUAAUGUGCGAUGGGACAGUAAUUGAAAAAAAACAAAACAAAAACAAAUCAGAAAAACAUCAGAUCAGUAUUGAGUCUAAUUUUCCUGUGUUUUGUAAGUAGUACACAUCUUAUAUACAGUACAUGUUGUACAAAUCUUUCUCUUAAUUUGGAUAUUUUUCACAAAUAUGCAGGCAAAAAAUCUUCACAGUUAGAAGGAAUUAUCUAAUUUUUUUUGUGCUUGUUUCUGGUCAGGGUAAAUCCGCUUGGUAUUUUGUUAUAAAAUUUAUUGUAAUUAAGUGAAAUUUAUACCACUUUUUCUUAUUGUAAUUGUUACGUUUGGGAGUAAUUGUGGUGCAGUUAUUUUUUGGUCCAUUUAUAAGACUGUCAUCAUUAGCGUGUUUCUUGUGACAUUUUGUACUGUCCCUUGUUAAGUACAAUUGUUACCUGAGGUUAUAUAAUUUAUUUUAUUAAUUUAUUUAUUUCUCAGAUGACUAUGAUGCUUAUAUCAUUGUGUCUUUUAUGAACGCCACUCUGGUACUAUCUAUUGGUGAAACUGUAGAAGAAGUGACAGAUUCUGGAUUUCUAGGCACUACACCUACCAUCUCUAGUUCACAGCUUGGAGAUGAUGCUCUGGUACAGGUAAUAUCAGCUUUGGUUUUGUAAUGUAAUUUCAGUUUUUACUUUAAUUAAUGUCCUUAUUCGCUCAAGAUUUUAUUUUUCCUUUUUUUUUUUAAUUAUAAUUUUUUCUGGAACUUUUUCUUUCUGUAAAUGAUAAUAAGAUUAAUAAUUACCAUUUUUAUUACUGCUGCGAUAAGUUUGCAUUAAAUAUAAUUCAUAGAUUUACCCUGAAGGAAUUCGUCACAUUCGCUCAGAUAAGCGUGUGAAUGAAUGGAAAACUCCUGGGAAGAAAAAUAUUGUGAAGUGUGCUGUCAACCAAAGACAAGUUGUAAUUGCUUUAACUGGAGGGGAGCUAGUCUAUUUUGAAAUGGAUCCAGUAAGUUGUAGUUUUGGAUUAUCUUUUACUUAAUUAUUUUCAUCUAUAAUAGAUUAUUUUUGCCAUUCUUUCAUGAUGUUAUUAAAAUUCAGUAUUUAUUAUAAAUUGUAUUAAACUUAACUAUAUUCUGUAUAGACAGGUCAAUUGAAUGAGUAUACAGAAAGAAAAGAGAUGUCUAGUAAUGUUGUGUGUAUGGCUCUUGGGAGAGUUCCUGCUGGAGAACUUAGGUCUCGGUUUCUUGCAGUGGGAUUAUCUGACAAUACUGUGAGGAUUAUCUCCCUUGAUCCAAAUGUAAGCAGGCAUUUUCUUCCUAUUUAGGCAUUGUAAAUAGAGACGGUGACAGUCAGUGUCAUGUAUCAGCCUUUCCAAGGUUGGCUAGGUAUAUUCUUGUAGUCCUACUUGCUUUCCAUUUAUUUGGAAAGUAGAGAUUUUUACCUUUAUUUUGUGUGCUUUUGUAGGAUUAAUUAUUCCAAGGAAACUUCGUAGCUGCAAAUUCACACUGAAAGAGAUUUAUCCUGUCUUUUUUACUAGAGCCUUCCAUCAAUGCACAAAAUCAAUUAAUUGCUUAACUCACGAACUGUGGCAUCCAUUUUUCUGUGGUGUGGAGCUUUGAGUGCCAUUUGAAAUUGCAUUAAAUGACAUAGAAAUAUUGAUACCAUACACCAAUAAAUGUAUAUUUUUAGAAAGGUAAAUGGAUGUGGAUAAAGUUGGCUGUAUUGCCCACCCUGUAAAAAAUUUUUGCUCAGUUCCUUGACCUUGGAGUUCUCAAGAAUAAAAAAAAUAGACAAAAUGUCUUGCUUUCAAGUGCUCAUAACAUCAUUAAUUUUUAUAGAAAUGUUGUAGCAAAUUCAUUUAUCUUUAAGAAAAUGUAUAGUUUAAUGUUUUCAUUGCAAUUAAACGUCUGAAAGCAAUUUGAGUAAUUUUAGGUCAUUUAUAUAAGAAACUGGGGACCACUGCUAAAACCAAGUACAAAAAUACAAAAUCCCAGCCAAAAUACUUAUUAUUGACUUGAGUAAACAUUUAAAAAGGAACUGUGGAACUGAUUUGGGUUGGAAUUUAUUAGUUCUGAACUAUAAUCUGUAGAUUCUGUGACUAAAAUUCAGUCAGCCCUUGCCCAACCUCCGGGCUUUGCGAAUAGCCUCAGUAGGCCUACUUCAGUAUCACUAAGACUUGUAUAAAAUUUACGGGAAGAAUAAGCUCAACUGAUAUCGUCAUGGGGAAUGUUAAAAUCAACAGGAGUAUCACUUAAAACCUCUCUUAAAAAGCUUUCAAACAUAUUUUUAUUAGUUCUUGCACUGAAGGCCCAACCAUAGCGUCAACCAUUUUAUCUUUUUAAAAAAAGGUAUAAAACUCUGAUUAAUAAGUAUUUAUUUUCAAGUUAUCGCAAAACAGCUUGAACCAGAAGAUUAUUUAAUUAUUAAUAAAAGGAAGUGGCUAUCAUUCUGGUUGAAUAUUGGAUUGGAAGUAGCUAUCAGACAGUGUUUUUUAUCGGCCGCCACAGUACAGAAUGAGAAUGUCGGCCGAUUUUUUUCGGCCGACCACAGUUCGUGGGUUAAGAGAAAAUUUUUAUUGAUUUAUAAUGCAUUGGGUUUUUUUUUGUUUGUGUAAUGUGAUUCAUAUAUUUUAUAUAUGCAAGUUUAACUUUAUGAUGAGAUUAUACUAUUUUUAAUGGACUUUUUUUUUUUUUUGGACUGAUGUCUUAGUGUGACAUGUGGCAAUGGUGAAUAAUAGUGAAUUAAUGUAGUAAAUGAUCCUUCAGCAUUUAAAUUAAUCUAGUGGUCACUUCAUGAUGCGGUAUCGGUGCCUUUACUUUGCCCAUGCUUCGAGUCUUAAUUUCUCUUAAAUUUUAGGAUUGCUUGUCACCACUAAGUAUGCAGGCGCUUCCAGCUCCACCAGAGUCAUUGUGUAUCAUUGAGAUGGGUGGUACUGAAGCAAAAGAAGAGACCGGAGAAACUGCUACAGCCGGUGGUAUCUACCUUAAUAUUGGUUUACAGGUCAGUUGUGCAUGUGAACGAGAAGGGUUGUUAUUAUUAAGUAUAUAUUUAUGGGGAUAGUAAACUAUUUAUGGAAAUUUAUAUAUUGUUCUGUUGCAUACAUUUUUUUAGGAAUAACCCUUUACAAGGCAGAUGUUCUUUUUUUUUGGUUACUCUAAAAAGGCAACAUUUUUCCGGUUUUAGUAAGAUUUAAGGGUACGUUAGUACAAACAUCAAAUCUAAGAUGUUAGUAUACAAAUUUUUUGAACUAAAAAGCAAAAUAAAGGAAAAUUAAUGCAGAUUUAUUAUUUUACUAGCAUGUUGAAGUAAUCAACACAUGAACAAAAAUAUUUGCAAAAUACAUUUUCACUAUGAAUGUCAGUCAUCUAUUUACUAUUUACAAACACUAUGCCAUGAAAUCGAAGUGUGUACACUGCUUACGUUGAUAUUGUUAAUAAUAUUGAUAUCUAGUUUUGAUUCAUAGUGCUUUUCGUGCAUUUCAAUGUCACUUAAAUUGAAAACAGUGAAAGCUCUGCUAUCACUUGAAGAAUCGUCGAAAUCCAGUUUGAAAAAUAAAGUAUUAAAACCCUGAAAAUACUAGUAACUGCCGCCCAAGCUGUCUGCAAAACGAAUGUAAACAAUGGGAAGUCUUGCAAAGUCUCGGAGAUAGCGUGUUUACAACUCUUAGUUAUCACAGACACUUUUGGACUCUGUAAAGGGUUAAGUUGUAAAAAAGUAAUGUGGACAUGAUGUUUUUCCGUGUUUCACCUGAAUUUUGUUUGAUGUACAAUGUUGAAGAUCUGAUCCACAUUAAGUUUUGUAUUUAGCAUUGGUUUAAUAUUAUGAAAAAAUUAGUUUAAAAAUAAUUGUGGAUGGAGUUGCAUCAAAUUAAUUAACAUUAUUUCAUUUCUUAGAAUGGUGUUUUGCUGCGGACUGUGCUUGACACUGUCACAGGAGACUUAUCAGACACGAGAACUAGAUAUCUUGGAUCUCGACCUGUCAAACUUUUCAGAAUAUCCAUGCAGGGAUCAGAAGCUGUAAGUGGUUUAUUUUUAUAUUUUUAGCAUAUAUUUUGUUAUAUUUCUGUGAUUUCACCUGAGCUGAAGGCUAUCACUUAUGCUAACUGGUGAUAGGCUUUUUGUUUUUCUUUUGAUGUGUUGUUAAUUAUCAUUAUCAUUUAUAAUUAUCAUUGCCAUUAUUUAGUAAUUUCUUUUUGAUGUUCUUUAUUUUUAGGUACUGGCAAUGUCAAGUCGAACAUGGCUCAGCUAUACUUACCAGAGCAGAUUUCAUUUAACUCCAUUAUCAUAUGAGACACUUGAAUAUGCAUCAGGUUUUGCUUCAGAGCAGUGUCCAGAGGGUAUUGUUGCCAUUUCUACAAAUACAUUGAGGUAAAUAAUCACCAGAGCAAUUAUUUAAAGCAGAGGUCACCAAAAAUUUUUAACAGCGGGCCGUAUAACAAUAGGAUGAGCACGGGCCGCAUAAUCAUUCUGUAAAAUACUUGCAAGCCAGAACAGAACGAAAGCUCUAGGAAAAAAGACUGAAAACUAAGAGUAAUAUUCCAUGUAAAUCAUGGGUGUUAACCAUGGCAACGUCAGUGCGGAGCUACCACGAGCCGGGAAAGGACUUGGGAAGGCGCGAAAUAAGCAAUCAUUGCAAUAAUUUAAACAAACAUGAAAAAUCUCAAUACAAUAAUUUAAAAUUGAAAAUGGUAAAGUUAAAUCACCUAGUAUUCUAAAAUAAUGUUUAAAUUGUACCACAACAUCUCGUGUUACAUAAGUUUUAUCAAGCAAAAUCAAUACCGUCGGUAGGCCUUAUGAAAUGACGUCAGUUUUGGUGACCCCUGAUUUAAAGUAUAAUAAAGCGAUGCUUUCAUCUAUCACUAUUAUGAUUCCCUUGUAUUUGAUAUUUCUUUAAAAUUUCUGUGGACCCUUAAAAUCUAUACAUUUUACACAACACAAAACAAACAACUUUUAUUAUGUUUCUUUGGUGAGCAAAUUUGGUACAUAAUUUAUGCAAAAACAAUAACUUUGUUUUAAAGCAUUACACAUACACAUAGCUCUAGUUGAAUUUAUUAAUAUAUUUCUACAGAAUUUUGGCACUGGAAAAAUUAGGUGCUGUGUUCAACCAGGUGGCAUGGCCCCUUCAAUACACUCCUAGAAAAUUUGUAAUUCAUCCAGAAUCAAAUAAUUUAAUCAUUAUUGAAACAGACCACAAUGCUUACACAGAAGAGACAAAACAACUGAGGAAACAGCACAUGGCUGAGGUAAAAAUGAUUGGGAGAAAUAUUUAAUAUUUAUUUGUUGACUUUUUCAUUUUUAUAAAGGUAAUAUAUUUUAAAUUAAUAUUUUAACAUUCAUUUCAUGUUUUCAAUUACAUUUUGUGUUAAAGCAACCCUUGUAAGAAUAUCUAUUAACUAUUUUUAAGCACUGUUGUUUAAUUUUAGGUUACUAGAAGCAAAUUUUCAGUUAUGUAAUCAAAGAUGAUGAACAAACUUUCUCUCAGCUGAGUGUCUUUUUGAUGACAACCUCUGGUACACUCUCUGAUUUGAUUGCAUGUUGUAAUAAGCUAUUGAAUUAUUGCUUUUUUUAACUCUUACUCUUAACUCUGCUGUUAACUCUUACCGUUUUGAUGAAUAUUGUACGAUUUUGAGGUAUCUUUUACGUUUGAAUGCCAAGACCCAUCACAACUAAGAUUUUAAGAAACUAGAUUGAAAAUAUAUACAUUCCAAUAGUUAUUUCGAUUUAUAAAAAUAAUAUUCCAGAAGUACAUUUUGGGUUGUUAGUUUUAACCUUCUUGUCCAUGUUGUGAAGAAUAUGAUUUUUUGGGGACCAAAUAUUUUUUAGGGGGAGGUGGAUGUACCAUGGCAAUAGAAAUUUCAGCCGAGCAAAAUAAUUAUGCAACAAAAUAACAUCAUACAGCUAAAACUCACUUGGGCGACUAUGCUAUUAUUACUGCAGCCGUGUCUAGCAAGUACAUUAUGAACACACAUUAAAGAAUGCAUUUUUAACUGUUCGGCGCGGCAAUAUUAGUUUUUGACAUAUUUUGUAGUAUCUGAGAGGGCCGCUGAAAUCUAUUUUGGAACACACAAAACAGCUGUACGAUUUUUAGUACUCCCGUUUGGCUCCUUUCACCCAUUUACAGCUUGUGAUAGUUAUCAGACUAUAAUAUAUUAGCAGGAAACAGGUUUAAUGGAUAUUGAUUUAUUGUUUUUUUUUAAACCAGCUUUUCCUAAAUUAUAAAUCACAAGUUUGUUGGUAGGUUUUUUAAAUGUCAUCAUUUGUUGAUUACCGUAUUUUUCGGUGUAUAAAAUGACUAGGCAUAUAAGACGACCCCCUACUUUUCCUGUUAAAAUAUAAGGUUUGUGCUUUAUACCAGCUUAUAAGACGACCCCCAGCGUAUAAGACAACCCCCGACUUUAACAAGAUUUUCAUGGGUUAAAAAGUCAUUCUAUACGGCGGAAAAUACGGAUAAUUCUCAUUUCCAUUUUUAUUUUAUGAAUAUCUUUCUUCGAGUUUGAACCACGUUAAAUUUUACCAGUAACUUUAUUUUACCAGAACUGACUGUGAUAAUGUGAUCUGCAUAUUCAAUCAGUAUGAAUUAAUAUCAAUUGCAAAUAUUUGUCAGCAAAUGAAAUUGACAGCAGAUUGCAAUUUAACGGUCUGUCAUUUACUUUUAGCAGCUACCUUUUAUGUGCCCCUAAACACACUGCGUUCAAACUAGUAUCAAAAUAAAUGUCGACAAAGAGGCUUUCUUCCGGUAGAACUAUAAAUAGUAAUGCCCAACAGAUUUCCGCUGUACUAAGCGAUGUAGUAAACAACCUCAAAACGUGCGGGUUUUGCGGAAACGGACUGUAGGCUUAAGGAAAAAAUCAGCGCGUUUCGGGCGCACCGAACUGUAAAAGGUUAACACGAUCCCACAUGACAUGCGAUGCGAGUAGUUAUUAUAUUUACUGUAUAUUUAUUUACCAUUAAGAUACUGUAUUGUAUGAUUUUAAGACGAUAUUGUACAAUUUUAGGAGUUUGGGGUAACAGGUCUGAUAAAGCUUUAAUUGUGAAUAUUGUAUUUUCAGUGCAUCUUAUACUCAGCCAGUUUAAAAACCUUGUAUUUAAAUUAUAUCUACAGGAAUUAAUAGAAGCAGCAGAUGAAGAUGAACGUGAGCUUGCUGCAGAAAUGGCUGCACAAUUUUUAAAUGAGGACCGCCCAGAGACAAUAUUUGGAGCCCCAAAAGCUGGACUUGGCAUGUGGGCAUCUGUUGUACGCAUUAUUAAUCCAAUAACAGGAGAAAAUUUGGAGAAAAUAGCAUUGGAUCAAAAUGAAGCAGCUCACAGGUAAAAAAAAAAAAAGAAGCACACUGGUAUUGUUAGUUUUAUAUACUUUUUACUUGAUACUUGGCCGAAGAAAUUAUCUGAUCCAAUAAAAUUCUACUCAUUGUUUUUUUAAUUGAAAUGUUUUCCCAAACUGUGCAAGGAACACAUAAGCCUUAUUUUAGGGGAUUUUCAUUAAAUUAUAAAUUUAACAGAUGUCAUCCUGUUCACAAAGUUUCCAGUUUUCCGGCAUCGUAAUAAAUGCACAUCAUUUUAAAUUCCAGAAAUAGGUAGAUUGUUUUUCUUUGUUAUUAUAUUUAAAAGGUAGGAAAUUUAUGUAAAUUUAAUACGCAUAUUCAGUGUGUUUACCUCGGUGUGUGGGCGAAAAAAAUAUUUUAAUUUGUACUAUAUUGUUUUAAAGUUGUAAGCAAAAUGAAAACAAAAUUAAAUGCUACAUGUUUUAUUGAUGAAAUGAAUUCUUUUUCUCUUCCAAUUUUUCAGUGUUGCUUUGGUAAAAUUUUCUUGUAAACCAGAUGAUACCAUUCUUAUAGUUGGUAUUGCCAAAGAUCUAGUGUUGAAUCCACGUUCUGUCACAGGUGGAGAACUCUUAACUUAUCAAGUAAGUAAAUAAAUACCAAAAAAGUAUUAAAGUAAAAUGGAUCUUAAAGUUAUCAAAAAUGAUGAACAAUCUUUCUCUCAUCUGAAUGGUCAGGUGAAGAUACCCUUUGGUACAACUUUCUGAUUUGAUAAACAUAGCUAGUUUUUUUUAUAGGUGAACUCUCAAAUAUUUUUGGCAAUUUUAUUAUCUUUAUCAUUAAGUACCUUUACAAUCUGGCUGGUUGUUCAAUGAAGAACAUAGCAAUAUUAACAUGUAAUAUAUAUUUGUAUUCUGAUUUGAAUUAUCUAUUAACAGAUCAGCAUUAAUUAUGGUUUUCAUACCUAAAGAUUGAGUUUUUUUCGUUUACUAAAUUAAAAAAAUAUCACAUGGUAGAAGUAAAUUAAGUAUUGGUAGAAAAAAUAAGUAAUGAGACCUAAGCAAAAUCUUUAUUUCCAUCCAUGGUAUCCAUUUCUAAAACACGUUAAAAUUUCAAGCACUUUUACCAUUUGUUUUAAUUAGGCUACUUUUUAAAAUGCAUCCAUAAAUUAAAAAAAAAAAAUAGAAAUUUUAGAAUUUGAUCACUGAUUUUAAAAAAAUGUAAUUUAAUAGGGCAAGUUUUUCAUGAGAGAAAUACCAUUAUUAUCGAUGAUAUAAGUGGGUAAAAAUUAUUUAAAUAUAUUUCUUUUAAAAUGUUCCACAUUGGGUACAACUAAAAAAAAAUGAUUUUGAAAUUCGACAUUUUCAAUUUUCUAGAAAAUUAAUAUUUUUAAAAAUGGCAGCACAAUAAGUUCUAGAUUGUCUCUCUAUUUUACGAAUCAAAUAAAGAUUUUGCCCAUUAUUUCUUUACUGGGAGUGUUAUGUUAACAAAUUAAUCAAUGUCUAAAGAAAAGGUAUUAUUAUUUUGAGUUCAAUUAAACAUAAAUUAAAAGUUUCCAUUUAGUUUAAACCAAUUUAGUUAAAGCAGGGCUCAGAUAAGUUAAUCCUUUAAUUAGUAACUAAUUACUGUAUUUCAUAUAUUAUUAUAACCUUAAAAAUUGCUAAUAAAAUUUACUCCACAUAUUGGAUGAAAUCAAAGUUACAUGCAAUAAAUACCAUUAGAUUUGUUAUAAUUGUUAGAAGCUAAUUAAAAAAAUCCUAUAGACAAGUAUUUGUUUUUAAUCUUAACUGCUAGGUAACAGAGAAUGGAACAAAGCUUGAGUUACUUCAUAAAACACCAGUAGAGGAUAUUCCUGGGGCCAUUACACCUUUCCAAGGGCGAGUACUCAUUGGAGUUGGGAAGUUUUUAAGAAUUUAUGAUUUAGGAAAAAAGAAGCUGUUGAGGAAAUGUGAAAAUAAGGUUUGUUCUAGUUAUUUGGUUUUUGAUUUGUGGAAAUGAUGUUUUCCGUGUUUCACCUGAAAUCAUUUGAUUAUAUUUUAUUGAAACUGAUCCACAUAAUGUUAUUGUGUGUUUUUAAAUGCUUUAAUUUUACAAGCAAUAGUAAAGCCCCUUAAAUUUGAAAGGUGUAAUAAAGGAGUUUUAUAACAACUGUUAUAUUCUAUUAUUUAUAUUAUAAAACUAAAAGUAAUUGAUAAAUACAUUUGAAAACUUAAUACAUUGUGAAGGAAAUGAAACUGAAAGUGCAAUAUGUCCAUGCAAAGUCACAUACAUUUUUCCCCAUUACAAUUUCAGCACAUCCCAAACUUUGUUGUUAGUAUCCAUACGAUGGGUAAUCGAGUUAUAGUUGGAGAUGUACAAGAGAGCUUUCACUUCUUGCGAUAUCGCAGACCAGAGAAUCAGCUUAUAGUUUUCUGUGAUGAUACAAAUCCUCGAUGGGUAACAUGUUCCUUCAUGCUGGAUUAUAAUGCAAUAGCUGGUGCUGACAAAUUUGGGAACAUAACAGUAGUAAGUAUUACAUUAAUUUUUAUUAUGGUAAUAAAGGGGAGAGACAGCAGUCAUGUUUAGAUGAAAGAAAUAAGGAAAUAAGGCAAGGUAUGGGAAAAACUGAAAAAAUGAUACAACAAAACAAUGAAUGUGUCUGCAAACAAAUUGUGAAGACAAAAUAAAAUUGUAGUAUCCAAGAGGACAGCAAGAGGAAUGUGAUAGAACCUAAGUAGCUUUUAGUCGUAACAGAGAUCGAAGAAAAAGUUAAGUGAAGGAGAACACGACAAUCAUGCAAAGUGUUGUCAAUGUACUAAUUUUUAGUACCAGUACAUGAUUUUUAUGAGUAUAUUAUUGGUUUAAAGUUUGAAACAAUUUAUUUCAUAUAUUCUUAAAGAAAAGUUUGACUUUGAAGAUUUUUCAAUUAAAAAAUAAAUUGUUACUUUUAGACCUUCAAACUAUGAAUAAUGAGAAAAUUGGAGAAAUUAUGUAUUAUUUUCAUUACAAAUAAGAUAAAAUUUAAUAGACAAUGAAGUGAGUAAUUUAUUUUCAAUACAUUUUUUAAUUACUUUGUUCCAAAGAUUCGUCUACCGACUGAAGUCAGCGAUGAUGUUGAUGAAGAUCCUACGGGAAAUAAAGCAUUGUGGGACAGGGGACUACUAAAUGGAGCAUCCCAAAAGGUGGGACAAAAUUUCUAAUUAUAUUUCUAUCUUCCAAUCUUUCUUAUGCCCUAAAAAAAAUGUAGCUGUUGCAAAUUAUUAGCCAUUAUUUUUUUUUCCACAAUUUAAAACUUAGUGUUUGUAAUGAAAUCUGAAUACUCAUGUGAAUGUGGAACUGAUGUUUACCGUGUUUCAAAUGAGCUGAUAUGAUUAUAAUUUUAUUUACUGAUCCACAUAUAAAUUAAACAUGAGCCCAUAAAGGCCUUUUCUCUUGAUCUCCUGAAUUAGGGAAUAUUUUUUGUGUGCAUAUUAAACAAUUAUGUCACAAGAUAAGACUAUCUAUUAAAUACCAGGUGAUUUUAUUUGAACGCUAUUAUAUAAAUUUUGAGCACAUGUGAAGCGGUUCUACCAUUUAACAAUUGACAUAUUGAGGUAUUUAUGGAGGUGACUCAAAGAAAUAAGCAUUGUUAAACAACAGCAAAGUAGUUUGUCUUGGCAUAAUUUAAUUUACAUAUUUUUUUGCACACACUGCAGUUUAUAGUGUGAGGUUUUAUAUUAUUUAUAUGUUUACUCUAUAACAUGUUAUCAAUUUUUUUAUAACACAGUGACAUUACUUUAUGAGAUCUAUACAUUUUUGUUCAAAUGUAUUGUACUGAAUUGUUAUGUGCAAAUUUAUGUUGAACAGGCAGACAUCAUCGCCAACUUUCAUGUUGGAGAAGUUGUAACUUCUUUGCAAAAAGCCACUCUCAUUCCUGGAGGAUCUGAGUCUUUGGUAUAUACAACAUUGUCAGGCAGUAUUGGAAUGUUGGUACCAUUCACCUCCCAUGAGGUUAGUAGCAGUUCUUCUUUUUUUAAAGUCCCAUAUUUUUUUUAUUAUACUUAUUUUUUUAUGUAAUCAAAUAUGAUGAUCAAUCUUUCUCUCAUCUGAAUGCUCAGUUGAAGAUAAACUUUGGUACAACUUUCUGAUAUGAUUACAAGAAACUAUUUAAAUUUGAAGGUUUAUUAAACCCCUGCAAAGAAAAUAGUAUGUUGGAAAUAAAUGAAGUUCAUACAAAAGUGUUAAUGUUAUUUUUUUCAAUGGUUACAUCAGAAUUUGAAAUACUAGAUCUCUUCUGUUUAGUUAUUUGAUAUUUAAAUAAGUUCUGGUUGUUAGUUUUUGCAUUACAUCUGACCAAUUUCCCUCUUAAAAAACUGGCUGCUGAUAUAUUAAAUUUGUUCUAGGAUCAAGAUUUUUUUCAACAUUUGGAAAUGUACAUGAGGCAAGAGUACCCAUCUUUAUGUGGAAGAGAUCAUCUGGCUUUUAGAUCAUACUACUUCCCUGUCAAGGUAAUAAACAAAAUCAUAAAAAUGUGCUUUCAAAAAUUGGUUGCAUCUUUCCAUUGGAUGAUUUCCUGAUUGUUCCCACGUGAACUCAUUUAGAAUCUUUUUCAUUGUAUUUUAGGGUCUUAUGCAAACAUCUGUUAACUCAUUCCCCAUGGUUGCGACUAAAUGCGUCCUCUUGGGGGUUCCUCCUAAUGCGUCCCGGGGCAUAGCGACACACCUCUCUUAUUUUUAGUUAAAAAUAGCAAUGAAAUCUCGCAUUCCUCGAGACUUCUGGCUAUGGUGUGAUUUUAAUUUAGAAACCGGAAGUUUUUAUCUUGUUUCACUUAAAAACUACAUGUGCUAUAGUACGGUGCGUCUAUAUGUAGCAUGUGUUCGUCUGAGGUGCCUUGCUAGAUAGAGACACACUGUACCCAGGAAUACAUAGAUUUGAAAGUGAAACAAGAUAAAAACUUCUAGUUUUUAAGUUAAAAUCACACCAUCACCAGAAGUUUUGAUUGAUGUGACAUUUCAUUGCUGUUUUAAAAUUAAAAUAAGUGAUGCAUUGUUUGAACUUCCCAAUGACAUAUUUAGUCGCUACGGUUGGAAAUGAGUUAAGAUGUCUUUCUAGAUACUCAAUAGAUUUCAAAAUUCAUAUUUUCAUAUAAAUUUCUUAUUCUGCAAGUUUAUUUUACUAAGAUUGUCAUGAUUACGUACAUGCACACAUGCAUUGUUACCCCACAUGAAAAUUAAGAAAUUGCAUGAAAUCAAUGUUUUCCUCUGCGAUCAUUUAUAAAAUAUUUUGAUCAAUGGGAUGGGUUCAUUAAAUGUUUACAACCUCUUUUGCCAUGUUUUUACAAUUCUGAAAGUAAAAGUUUCUUUCAGUGUAAUAAUUCAUUAUUUAAUUACUUUAUUUUUAGAAUGUUAUUGAUGGUGAUCUGUGUGAAGUUUUCAACUCGAUGGAAACAAGCAAACAAAAAUCAAUAGCAGAAGAAUUGGAAGACAGAAGUGCUAAUGAGGUAAAUAUACUAGCAUAUUUGUAAUGUACCUAACUCUAAUUUUUAAACUAUUUAUUACAUUUUUUUUAAAAAGCUUAAUAUUUUUAAAUAACUUUUAUAUUUGACAUAUGUAAAUACUUGAUGUGAAUUUUCUUUUUUACAGGUUUCCAAGAAACUUGAGGAUAUCAGAACAAGAUAUGCAUUCUAGUUAUACAUUUCAUUGUAGCUCUGUAUUUUAGUUACCGGGUAUAAAUUAAAAUUUAUACUGCUUUUAGAACAAAAAACAGUUGAAAAAAGUUCAUGACAUUGUUAAAAGAGAGCAAGGUUUCAUAUGGAUCAUCACCGUCAAACCUCUGUGCAUAUAUCAAUAGAGGUAGCUAUAUAUGUUGAUCUGUUGUAAAAUGAAUUUUGUAAUUAUCCUUACUUAAAUAGUUGGUAGUUGUUAAUUUAUAAUUUCUCAAAAAAAAAAAAAAAAAAAAUAAAGAAAUUAACUUAAAUAAAAACCUUACAAAAAAAAAAAAAAAAAAAAAAAAAAAAAAAAAAAAAAAAAAAAAAAAAAAAAAAAAAAAAAAAAAAAAAAAAAAAAAAAUCACGAAUCCUUCAUAAUUACCAGUAUAUCACCACUUAUAACAGGCACUACACCAAAUUACUACAAUAAGGAUUCCCCGAAUGGAUGUUUUCUGAUGUUUUUACAGUUUACCGAAGAAUAAACGACAGAUAAAUAAUGAUAAUGUGUUGGAAAGCACACUGUGGACAAUCGAUGCAUUGUAUCCUUUAGAAGUUGUUGUUUUUCUGAAAUUCAAUGCAUUGAAUGAACAUAUUUAAUCAUCAGUUGGCAUAAAUUUGGCACAAGGUCAGACCAAUGAAUUUCUUGGCAUAUUUCUUCCUGAACCAGGUUUUACACAUAAGCAUUUAUACCACAAGUUGCCUUAGUAAAGUUAGAUUCCCGAAUUUCUCGUUUGUCUUACUGUAACAGUUGAAUUGCCGUGAGCCGGCUCGGUUGUUGCUAAAUAUGGUUGUCAAAAAAAAAUUCCGAAAACCAGAAAACUGAAUGAGCUAUAGGCUAUAUACGCUCUCAAAGAAGAUGUAUGAUUUAACAAUAAGGCAAAUUUUCAGACGAUAAUCGGGCGGCUAAAUAAAGACAAAAUUGAAAGGUCUUCAUCGUCAAGGGAGGUAACAAUGUCUCGUUUAAUUGACAAUAUUGACAAAGCAUUCAAUCGAACACGGGACAUUGAUAAUCUCAAGUUAGUUUUUAUCAAAUUUAUUUGUGGAAAUGAUGGAUUGUUUUUAAAUACAGUUAGAACGUAGGCCUCAUUACAAAAAAUCGGAAAAAAUGCCAAGUCAAAUGGGGCAGUACGAUUCAAUUUUAAAGCGAAUAAUUUCAAGUCAUGUUACAAAAAUAUUUUAACAGCACACAUAUUUCUUUGAAAAAUUUUCUUAAAUUCCUUUUUUUUUAAAUAGUUAAAACUAAAGGAUUUUAUUUGUUGCGAACCCAGUGGAUGGCCGAAAGGACGACUGAGAAAUCCAAUAAACAUUUCACGUCACAAGAAUUCUACAUGUAAAAAAAAAAUAUUUAAAAAGCCGCACACAAUUUGAUACCAAAUAUUCGGGGCUAUUAAAACUUUCCACUUGCUAUUGUUAUACUUCGUUUGGUUAAAAUAAUUCGUUCUUGGCUACGAUGAGUGUUUUAAUUUUGUUCGGAAAUUGUAUCAAGAUUUAAAGAAUUCUAUACCAGAUCAGUAAUCUAUAGAUCUAGUUUAUUAAAUAGAUCAUAAAUCAUAAAGACCCAGUCGAGACACAUCGCCUCGCUUUAUUGAUGACUUGCCGUGCUAAGAGCGCCACAACCUACAACAGUAUCGAGAGAGAGAGAGAGCGAGAGAGAGAGAGAGAGAGAGAGAGAGAGAGAGAGAGAGAGAGAGAGAGAGAGAGAGAGAGAGAGAGAGAGAUAAAAUACGUGAAAGAGAAGAGAGAGAGGGAAAAUAUAUAGAUAUAUUAAAAAAAAAAAUAAAACAUAUAAAAAAAAAAAAAAAAAAAAAAAAAAGAGAAAAAAAAAAAAAAAGUUCAUGACAUUGUUAAAAGAGAGAAAGGUUUCAUAUGGAUCAUCACCGUCAAACCUCUUUGCAUAUAUCAAUAGAGGUAGCUAUAUAUGUUGAUUUGUUUUAAAAUGAAUUUUGUAAUUAUCCUUACUUAAAUAGUUGGUAGUUGUUAAUUUAUAAUUUCUCAAAAAAAAAAAAAAAAAAGUUAUGGAAUUAACUUACAUAUAAACCUUGCAAAAACAAAUAAUUAAUUUUAUCAGGUGUUAAUAAUGUGAAGCAAAUUUCAGUUUUGGGAAAAACAUGACCUUGCAACAUAAGACAAAUUAGCUUCAUAAAGCCUAUCAUUAAAUUCAAUUAAUGUGUUAUUACUGUGCAUAAAAUUACUUAAGAUCGAGGUGAUGAUGCAUAAAAAAAAAUGUGGCCUUUUUGAAGAAAACAUUUAAUACUGACAUUGGCUAGUGUGUUCAUCAAACCUAGAGAUUGAAUCAUUUGUAUUUAAUGUAUUUUUCUGCAAGUUAUUUUUUUAAUAGUAUGCUAAAACAGCCAUGCUAUUAGGAACAUGUAUAUUACUGUAUAUAUCUAAAAACUUCGGUUGUAAAUAUUUAUUUGACAAUUAAGGUUUAAGUCAAGUAGCACUGAAUAAACUUGUGUUAUUACAUUUCUCUUUAUCGAACACUUUAUUUAUCAUCUCACUAAACAGAUGAUUUCAGUUACGGUACUGAAGAUUUUUUAAAUUUUACUUUGUUUAAUUAAUGAAGGUUACAUUAAUACAGUCUUAGUGAAUUUGAGUUUCAAUUGUAAUAAGUAAUUUUCUUCUAAUAGCAUGCAGUUGACAAAAUGGUAUUGAUAUUUGUAUUUUUAAAACAUGUUGAAAUAUAAUUUGUUCAUUGCAUAUUUUGUGAAAUAAACUUGAUGGAAU